CGCAACGAAAAGGACAAGGCGCAGAAGCAAGAAGCCGGAAAGAAGGAUGAGGGAGCAGCAGAUGGAGACAAGAAGCUCUCAGGCGCCGAGCUGAAGAAACAAAAGCAAGCAGAGAAAGCCGCAAGACGUGAAAAGGAAAAGGCCGAACGCAUGGCUCAGCUCGGUCAGACAGCUGCAGCACCACAGACACCUGCCAAGGGCCCCAAAGGUGGUGAUGCAAAGAAGGGUGGAGAGGCAGCACAGAAGGGUGGGCCAGGCANNCAGCACAAGAAGGGUCAAUCGCAAGGCGGAAACCUGCCCAUGCGCGGCAAACCUGGUCCCGGAGGAGUCAUUCCCAUGACUCAACAGCAGCAGCCGCAACGAAAGACCAAAGAGGUCGGUUUGUUUGGCCAUCUCUACACAUCUGCCCCUAAGCGAAACACCAUGGAGGGUGUUAGUAAGGAAGUCCACCCCGCCGUUCUGGCAUUGGGCCUGCAAAUGAGUUCCUUCACCGUCUGUGGCAGCAAUGCACGAUGUGUUGCCAUGCUGCUCGCUUUCAAANAAGGUAAAGACCCAUGUUCAUCGUCCAUCUUCGUCGUUCGCUUGUCUAACUCGAAUCUACAGGCCAUCCUUGACUACCAAACACCACACAACACCUCCCUCGCCCGCCAUCUCACAUCGCAUUACCUCUCGCCUCAGAUCGACUACCUCAAAUCCCAUCGCCCUAUCUCUGUUUCCAUGGGUAAUGCCAUUCGUUGGCUCAAGGACCUCAUUAUCAAGAUCGACCCCGACACGCCAGAAGCCACUGCANAAGAAGACAUCUGCGCCGCCAUUGACACCUUCAUUCGUGAGCGUAUCACCGUGGCCGACACUGCCAUUGCUGCAACUGCCUGCGCAAAGAUUCGCAACAACAGCACCAUUGUCACGUACGCAAAGUCGUCCAUUGUCGAGAAGACACUGCUACACGCUUGGGAGUCGGGUACCCGCUUCAAGGUCGUCGUCGUUGACUCGCGACCUCUGUUUGAGGGCAGAAAUCUGGUACGACGACUUGCCAAUGCUGGCAUUCCUGUUACCUACCNNCUCAUGGCCGCUGCUGCUCCCCACGCCCUCAAAGAUGCCGAUCUGGUCCUACUGGGCGCUCAUGCCAUGAUGGCCAACGGUCGUCUAUACUCGCGUGUUGGUACUGCUGCAGUAGCCAUGUUGGCCCAUUUCCGCGACAUUCCAGUCAUCGUGCUUUGUGAGAGUAUUAAGUUCACCGACCGUGUUGCUCUGGACAGUAUCGUGCUGAACGAAGUUGCUCCUGCCGAACAACUGAUCCCAGUCUCAAAGUCUGUUCCUGCCUCUGCAGCAAUCGAUGCCAAGAAGGACGACAAAGAAGAAGAUUCACAGGCAAAGUUGGAGAACUGGCGCGACAUGCCAAAUCUGCAAUUGUUGAACAUUCUCUACGAUGUCACGCCUGCAGAGUAUGUCAACAUGGUCAUCACCGAGUAUGGUUCGUUGCCGCCCAGCUCUGUGCCUGUGGUGCAUCGUAUCAGUACAGAGAGGGAUGUCAGACUG